UCGCCGAUCGCCGCUGCCCUGCCGUUUCGUCCCUCGCCGUUCUCCUCACCGUUCCCUGCUUCUUCGUCCCUGCCGGUGCGUCGCUGCUCUGCUCUUUCGUCUCUGCCGUUUGCUGCUCCUUCGUCCCUGCUGGUGCGUGGCUGCUCGGUCUUCUUGCUGGUUGUAAAUUAGUUGGAGGGAGGAGGACUCACCAUAUGGAAAGCUUUACCCAACAGAAGGUUCAAAGAUACGAAGAAUUCGUUGAUCGUCGCUUGAAACCUGAUCUUCAACGUGCUAUUGAUGAGCGGGACAAGGUCUUUGAACAACAGAAAAUUUUUGCUGAUUUGCGAAGAAACAUUGAAAACCUAGAGAAGAAUAGUGUUACCAGUCUAAGAACUCUGGUCAAUCUUGGAUCCGAGGUGUACCUGCAAGCAGAAGUGCCCAAUACACAAUAUAUUUUCGUGGAUGUAGGGCUGGGAUUCAAUGUUGAAUUUACUUGGUCUGAAGCUUUGAACUACAUACAGAAUAGGGAAGAAAGGAUAGCUAAGCAAAUAGAUGAGUACAAUCAGUCAAUUGCAUCAAUUAAAGCGCAGAUCAAGCUGGUUCUUGAAGGGAUUCGAGAAUUACUACAACUUCCAGCUGAGAAAUCAUUACCAGAGCGGAGUUUUUGAUGCUUACCGAGGAUAAUUCCAGAUCAUUCAUCUUUAGUCUCUCUGAACAAUUGUAAAUUCUGGAUCAUUUAUGUUUAGUCUCGUGAACAAUUGUAAAGGAACAAUGCAAUGCAAUGAUGUGAUCAUGUGAAACAGGACAAAGAUUGGUAUUUAUCCAGAAUGAAACGUUGCAUC